UUCAACAAAAAUUCAAAUGCGUGAAUUUUCUACGUUCAAAAAACAAAUAUCCAUUGCAUAUAAUUUUCUUGACGUCUAAACCAGAAAGUCUAGCUGGCCAACCUAACGCAUGCAUACCCAACCUAACUUAUUCAACUAGUAUUAAUUAAUUAGUAAACCAAUCGCUAUACAAAUUAAAACCCCUCCUUAAACCCUGCAAAAAUAACCUCUCUUGCCAUCAAAACAAAAACCCUACAAACUACGAUCGAUACCCCUUUGUAUUUGAUCCUAAAUUGUUGAGGAUGAUGAUGAGUCGUGGAGGCACCAGGUUAGCCAGCUCCAUGUUGGCAUUCGUCGGUCCACGCUACUUCUCCACUGCAUCAGCACGGACCCUUUCAAACGAGGGCAUGAGUGGCUGGAUAAGGGCACCCGCUGUUGGCGUGCGGUGCAGGAGCACUUUGGCCCUUGGUGACAAAGAACAGGAGGAGAAACAAGCAGUGGACGGUGGCCCCGCCAAGGAUGAGAAAGGAAUCGUCAGUUAUUGGGGCUUGGAGCCAACCAAGGUUACCAAAGAGGAUGGCUCCCCAUGGAAGUGGACCUGCUUUAGGCCAUGGGAGGCAUACAAGGCAGACUUGUCAAUAGAUCUGAAGAAGCAUCAUGCGCCAGUGACUGUGAUGGAUAAAAUGGCUUAUUGGACUGUCAAAGCUCUUAGAUGGCCCACAGAUUUGUUCUUUCAGCGGAGAUAUGGUUGCCGAGCAAUGAUGCUAGAAACUGUGGCAGCAGUGCCUGGGAUGGUGGGAGGAAUGCUGCUGCACUGCAAGUCGUUGAGGGGAUUUGAACACAGUGGAGGAUGGAUCAAAGCACUGUUGGAAGAGGCUGAGAAUGAGCGUAUGCACCUGAUGACCUUUAUGGAGGUGGCCAAGCCUAGAUGGUAUGACCGCGCCCUUGUAUUUGCCGUCCAAGGUGUUUUCUUCAAUGCUUACUUCUUGGGCUAUAUUAUUUCACCCAAAUUUGCCCACCGGAUGGUGGGCUACCUUGAGGAGGAAGCAAUACACUCUUACACUGAGUUUCUCAAGGAGUUGGACAAUGGUAACAUAGAAAAUGUCCCUGCUCCAGCCAUUGCUAUUGAUUAUUGGCGCUUGGCCCCUGACUCCACUCUGCGAGAUGUUGUUAUGGUUGUGAGGGCAGAUGAGGCACAUCACCGUGAUGUUAACCACUUUGCAUCUGAUAUACAUUAUCAGGGACGCCAGCUGAGGGAAGCUCCCGCUCCGCUCGGUUAUCACUGAAAUGUUAUAGAAACCGACCUUCUGCCUUACAACUUAAAUACAUUACUCUUUUCUCUUGCAAUCAGUAAUUACUAUUGACAGUGAUGAAUUGCUGCUUUCUUUAUUUUAUUUGUGUUCUGUAAACUUGGGAUAUUGUAAAUAUAAUGGUUUUUAUGAUCAUGCACGAUGCACCUCUUGCAUUCUUCUUUA